AUGCUGGGUAUGCAAGAAGAGGAGAUAUAUCCAGCUGGUCAUCUUGGGAAGAGCUCUGAUAAUGACCUCCGGCAUGCUCUGGGCCUCCAUCUGGGUCCUCUUCAGCAAUUUCAUGCAGCGGCAUCCGAAUUUUGGAACUGGAAGGUAGAGAAACAACAUGCAUCUGACCCUCCCAAUUCUCCACCCAAUCCCAUGGCAAGCUCUUCUUCAGCUGGCCAGAAUCGCAAGGCACUGGAUGAUGAUUGGGCAGUAGUUAUCCAAAACAGCACGGACAUGUGGGAUCAGUUUGUGGAGGAACAAGAAAAACUUCACAAUGAUGAAGGGGUUGAGGAUUAUGUGAUGGUUGCUGAGGGGGGUUAUUGGAUGCAUCCCCCACUUGUGGAGGGUUCUUCAACCCCAUAA